ACCUAGAAGCUAAUUAUUGGUAAUAAUCAACUCAUGUUGACUUAAUGUGAUAUGCUUUUAUUCUGCUAAGACUUAGACAUCAAGCAGUCUCCCCUGGAUGAGGUUUGAGCUGUAACCAUGGAGUACAUGACAUAUAUCAUUAGGCAGAAUGGUCCCUCCCCCACCAAAGAUGCCCACAUCAUAAUCCCCAGAACCUGUGACUGUGUUACCUUAUGUGGCAAAAAGAACUUUGCCAUGUGAUUAAGGUUAAUAAGGGCCUUGAGAUGGGAAGAUAAUCCUGGAUUAUCCAGGUGCACCCAUUUUAAUCACAAGUCCUUAAAAGGAGCAAAUUUUUUCCUGGCUGUGGUCAGAGAAAUGACAAUAGAAGAAGGGUCGGAGAGAUGCAAUGUUGCUGGAUUUGAAGGCAGAGAAAGGGUACCAGGAUCCAAGGAACUCAGGAAGCUUCUAGAUGCUGGAAAAGGUUUUCAAAACAAGAACAGAGUUGCGAUCUUGGCAGAACUGGACAAAGAGAAAAGAAAAUUACUCAUGCAGAACCAAUCUUCAACAAAUCAUCCUGGAGCUAGCAUUGCACUCUCGAGACCCUCUCUUAAUAAGGACUUCCGGGAUCAUGCUGAGCAGCAGCAUAUUGCAGCCCAACAAAAGGCAGCUUUGCAGCACGCACAUGCACAUUCAUCUGGAUACUUCAUAACUCAAGACUCCGCAUUUGGGAAUCUUAUUCUUCCUGUCUUACCUCGCCUUGACCCAGAGUGAAGAAAAUAUUUGUAGCAAAGGCAACUAUAUCAGAUGCCAAAGCUACUAUCAUUUAGUGCUAUACAAACUGUGACUUACAGGAUUUUGGUGAACUUUUAUACUUUUUGCUUCUUUGAAAGAAAGGUAUGUGUAAGUCAAAGCAGAAGAGGAGGGUCACCAGGAGGAUGCGAGCUUUGGGAAGUGUACUCGCUAGGAACUGAUGAUGCUACUUGUCACUGUUUUGUCACACAAAACAGUUCGGUUUUAGCUCCAAAUCAGACUCUGGAUUGGAUGGUCCCAUACAUUCACCCCCCGCCCCCAACUAGGUGGCCUGAAUACAUCAUUGUCCACAAUAGACUUUCAUGAACCGUUUAUAUAUAGUACUUAACUUUAAAAAAAUGAGGGUGCUUUUAAAAAUGUGAACCAAUGGACUUAAAUAAGUUACAUUUAUAUUUGCUGUUUAUAGAAUUGCUAUCAGUGUAUCUUUUGUGUUUAUAGUCAACAUGUCGUCCUGAAAUCUUUAACUCAUAACUGUCUCUCCUGUUUUCAUUUUCAAAGAAAAUUUAAGAUACAAUUAAGUUACCAACAAAUCUUAAACAUCUUUUAUAAACCUGUGCCACUAUAAAUUAUGUGACUAAAUGCUAUUAAAAACAGUGAUAAGAGGGGUGCCUGGGUGGCUCAGUCUGGUUGAGCCUUCGAUUUUGGCUCAGGUCAUGAUCUCAUGUGAGUUCAAGCCCCACGUUGGGCUCUCUGUGCUGACAGCUCAGAGCCUGGAGCCUGUUUCAGAUUCUGUGUCUCCCUCUCUCUCUGACCCUCCCCCGUUCAUGCUCUGUCUCUCUCUGUCUCAAAAAUAAACGUUAAAAAAAACAUUAAAAAACAAAAACAAAAAAACAGUGAUAAGAAACGUGGUUUUAAAAUUUGUGCAUGCGCUUAUUAUUCAGUGUUACUACAUGUAUGGUGUCCCUGAGUUUUAUCGUCCAUUUUUGUUCUAAUUAAAAAUGUAUGCAAGUCAAGCCCCUUUUUAAUUUAAGGAGUUAGGUUAAGCAAGUUUCUCAAUAUGACACAACUUCAACAGAAUCUGGGGUGCCUGUUUAAAUAGGCAGUGCCUCCUACCUUACUCCAGUCCUACAGAAUUAGAAUCUCUAAUUCAGAACAAAGUCUGAAAACUACUGGUAGGGGAAUUCAAUUUUCACCACACACACACACACACACACACACACACACGUAUAUGUGUGUAUAUAUAUAUAUAUAUAUAUAUAUAUGUAUAUAUAUGUGUGUAUGUAUAUAUAAAGUCAUAGAUUUCUAUGUUCAUGAAACUUAGAGGUCAUUUAGCUAAAAUCUACAUUUUUUUUCUUACCUUUAAUAGGAUUGAAAUUAUAUUUUAUACUAUAUCACAGAUACAGUAUUUUAUAGCUACUUAUAAUUGACCUGAUAUUAGCCUUGAGUCCCCAUCAUCUCUGGUGGUAGGAACUGAAACUUAAAAUUCCAGUUUAGGUCAAUAUUUAAUCGAAGUUCAUCUCCCUUUUCAAAGGGUUUCUUUCCUUCCUUCCCUAGAUAUUUGCAACAACUGCUUAGCUCUAUGUUAACCCAAACUAAUUAAAGCAUGGGUGGACAAUUCUAGACUUGGCUGUGCCAUUUAGGUUCUUGAGAAUUUGAGCUGAUUUUCUGCAUUUGGGUGAGGUGGCAGCUGUUCCAUUGUAAUGGUCAUUAUUACAGCAAAGGUGCCCUUACUCCCUGCUGCUGAGGAGCUCCCAGGGACCCCUGGCCCCUGUCCUGCCUCAGGCCCAUCCAGCUCUUCCUUGGGACUUCUACAGUAGCCCUCAUUUUCUUGAAUUGUUUUGACAGUUUCUGUUCUGUGCAACCCACAACUGACUGGCAUGGUUCUAAAUUUAUCUAUUGAUGCUAAGAAGAUAAAACAUUUGGAUUGUAUACUUUUUAUACUGUUGAAGCCUCUACCUAAUGUGUGACUUAUAUAACCUAGGUAAAGAGAUCUUUUUUACAGUGGUAUCUUUUCUAGUCUCUUAGCCUUUUAUUUAUUUGUUUUUUAUUUUUGAGAGAGAGAGAGAGAGAGAGAGAGAGAUCAUGAGUGGGGGAGGGGCAGAGAGAGGAGGGUACAGAGGGUCUAAAGCAGGCUCAGUGCUGACAGCAGUGAGCCCGAUGAGGGGCUUGAACCCACGAAUCGGGAGUUUCAGCCCACAAACCGUGAGAUCGUGACCUGAGCCAAAGUCAGAUGCUUAACCAACUAAGCCACCCAGGCGCCCCAGUCUUAGCCUUUUAAAUAGAUGUUGCUAAAUCCUGCAGUCCUGGCUAGUAAGCACUUCCUUGCACCCCUCUCCUGGGAGUCACUUACAAAUUCAGUUCCAUUCCAUAUGUAUUUGUUAAUACACACCCUGUAAAACAUUGUAGUAUGGUGGGGGGAACAGGAGGCCUGCUCUGAAGGAAGUCACAGUGGAGAGGAGCCUGUUGUGGCAUAGCAGAAAUGAUAAGGAAGCCAGAGGGCAGUGUACCAUAGAAGAGGCAUUCAGAACACAAAGCAUUCUAGACAGGCCUGGAAGUAUUGGUCCGAUUUUACCUGGAAGGGCAGGAAGAGCUGCUCCAGGCAAAGGUCAGGAUUUCAUAAUCAGAAGUAGGAAGUAAGACCAUUGGGAGGGCUGCGGAGGAUAAUGGGAAGGGCAGGGGGCCAGUCAGAAGCCCUAGGUGAGGCUUCAACAUUGCUUCCCUCCACCCCCCCACCCCCCCGAGUAUGGGUGAAUGGGGGUAACUCAUUCAGCCUCUCUUGGCAUGUCACUCUGUCUCACCUGUAAAAUAGGAACAGCACCCACUCUGCCUACUUCAUAAAUUGUCUAGACCAGUAUUUUUCUGAGUGCAGGCCUCAACCUGUUACUAAAUUGAGAAGCCAACUUAAUGGCUUUAAUGGGGUGUGACCAGCAUUUUUUUUUUUUUGAAAAAAUAGCAUGAGAGUGCAUGGCAUGUGGUAAUAGGAGAUUUUGUUUCACGAGUCUUCUAUCUCCGUGUGUGUGUGUGUGUGUUUUGCUUGUUUGUUGUACUAGUAUGUAAGAUCUCUGAGGUGAGGAUUUGUUUCCUUCUCUCCCCUCCUCUUUGUUCACUACUGUAUUCUGUUUAGUUUUUGGCAUAUAGUAGGUGGCCAGUACCUGCUUAUUGAGGGAAUGAAUGGAUAUAUAUGACCUGGGUCGUGAUGGAGAAGGUAUUUGUUUUGGUUUUUUUUCACUGUGAGUCACCCCAAGAAAAAGUCUUGAAAGCCACUGCUCAAAAAUACAGAUAAUAGUGCUUUGUAUGAUUCUGUAAUAAAAACUAAAAUGACUCACUGAUUUCAAACAGA